AUGUGGACGACACAAUUUUUGUAUCAUUUUCUAUGGAUCAACAUCUUCGUCAAAUCAGUAACAUUAACAGAUCUGACGGCAGCAAAAAUUCGUUUCCUGGAUCGAAUAGACAAUUCUCAAAUGUUGUCGACUUUGACCGUCAAUGUAGAUGGAGCACUUAAUGGCUAUAUUAGAGACCACGUGUCCGUUAAAGCAAGUACAACGCGCGUGAUUGUAUGGAAUGAAUUGCCAACAGGUUAUGAGCUUGAACAGCAUUUCAGAACAAGUUUCAAAAGUAUAACAUACGAUGACACUUAUCAAAACUUCAUAAAGAAAGAUUUCGAUUAUACAAACCAAGGGACAUUUCAGAUGGGAAGAACUUGGGAAAGAUUUGUGUUUGCUCGUAUUCCAGACGGAUAUCUGACGUUGUUUUUGAGCUAUACAGUAAAAGAAGAAAGCUGCUGGCUCGGGAUCGGGUGUCGUACAGAAGUCCCAUCACAUAUUAUAUCAGAAAUUAAAAACUUCAUCAAUGAUGUUUCAGUUCGAAUGUUUGACAAAUUACUCCAUCCCACUAAAAGUAUUUACAGCCAUGGCUUGCACCUUGUCAGUGAUAACUCUGUAAUUCGUUUCAUUUUGGUUUAUCAUGAUGGUGGUAAUGGAUAUAUUGAAAAGCCGAUUUCAUCAUUCAAUGAAGGUCUCAAAGAACAAGAAAGAAUCAAUGAACGCAAAUUAUCGUCAUGUAUUCUGAUGGUUGAAGAUGGUAAAAAGAGUUUACAUUCAAUACGACAUCCAAUCGUUCCUGGUUAUAUUGUUCCGGAUUUUCACGCAUUCUAUAACACAAAAUCAAAAAGAAACCAAUCAGCUUCUCGUGUGGAGCUUUAA